GUCUGAUGAAGACGAUGUGCCCGAUGACGUGCAGGUCCCGGUGGGAGGACCCGAAGAUUUCAUGACGGAAUUCUUCGCAGAGGUGGAGGAGAUACGUGAAAUGAUCGACAAGAUCCAGACAAAUGUGGAGGAAGUCAAGAAGAAGCAUAGCGCCAUCUUAUCGGCACCCCAGACCGACGAAAAGGUCAAAAUGGAACUGGAAGAUCUGAUGGCUGAUAUUAAGAAAACAGCGAACAAAGUUAGGGCCAAGUUAAAAGUAAUAGAGCAAAACAUCGAGCAAGAGGAGCACACGAACAAAUCGUCGGCGGAUCUCAGGAUACGUAAGACGCAACACUCGACGUUGUCUAGGAAAUUCGUCGAGGUGAUGACAGAGUACAAUCGGACGCAGACUGAUUAUAGGGAACGGUGUAAGGGGAGGAUACAACGACAACUGGAAAUUACGGGUAGAACGACGACUAACGAGGAACUGGAGGAAAUGCUGGAACAAGGAAAUCCAGCUGUGUUCACGCAAGGGAUUAUCAUGGAAACGCAACAAGCGAAACAAACCCUUGCAGAUAUCGAGGCACGUCACGCUGACAUCAUUAAAUUAGAAAAUUCGAUCAGGGAACUCCACGACAUGUUUAUGGACAUGGCUAUGCUUGUCGAAAGUCAGGGUGAGAUGAUAGAUCGCAUAGAAUACCACGUCGAACACGCGGUCGACUAUGUUCAAACGGCCACACAGGACACCAAAAAAGCACUCAAGUAUCAAAGCAAAGCCCGACGGAAAAUGAUCCUGAUCGUAGUCUGCCUGACAGUGGCGGUCAUCAUUUUGAUAAUCAUUUUGGUAACUAGUUUGAGCUGAUUUCCUGGAUGGCUAUCAACUCAACCCGAGACCAGAGACACAUGUGCACCUUUUCAGAGCAUAAAUUCAUUCAUCUCCCGAUUUCAGUUCGUCUUUGACGUCCCAGUGAAUCCAGUAAAUAUAAAUCAUCAAUGCACGCUGCUGGACGUUCCUGAGAAUCGAACCUUUCACAUCUUUCUUUCUCCCCAGUCUGCGAUCGUCGUCUUACUCUUGUUCCAAUUUUUUGUUUGUAAAUAAUUCUAAGGAAAAAUAGAAAUUACGAAAUCGAAUUUCUUUGAGAAAAAAAAUGUUGGCUACCAAGUAGCAAACGGAAGUCAAGAUUUUUUUUCUUAUAGUCGAAUAUUAUAUUGUAAUUUUUGUUAGUUUGAGGGAGACACUUCUCCAGUCUUUAGUAAAUUUUAAAGACGCUGAAAAAUGUAAAAAACACUGGCCUGCAUUUUGAAAAUGCAUUUGAAUUUCAACCUCUUAAUCGACAUACACUUUUUCAAUUCACGCAUUAUUAUUUUCGUGCUUAACAGUAUUUCUUAGCACUAUUAAUACCUCGUUAUUGUUAUCAAGUUGUCGAUAAAGGGCAAAAGGAAACACCUCUGGAGGCUACUUUGUGUACAUAUAUUAUUCAUAUGUUAGUAGAAGGCUCGAACUACAAGAUACUAAUCUUCUAGGACGAAAAAAGAGGAGAGAAGUAUCGAUAUCGAGUCUAAGUGUUGUAGGAUCUCGAAGAUUGUCUUUUUGAUAAAUAGAAUAAUAUCCUGGGUGGCUGGAAGGGAAGUUAGGCUGGCUCUUUUUCCACAUUCCAUUAUUUUGUCACCCGGCUUUUAUUUAUAAACUGCUUCAGCCAAUUUCUUUUUCCGAAGGGCACGGAGGUGGUAGAAAUAUUUCAAAAUAACUGAGAGGAAAAAUAGGAGGGUCUCGACUUUGUCGAGAGAAGGAGUAUUUUCAAAUUUUCUGAAGAGCCGAGAUCCUCGAAAUGGCAAAAUCUAGUCCGUUUUUCGCGGCUACGCACAAUUAAAAUUAAAAGUCCUCUUGAAAUGGACAAGAUUAUUUUUUCUCUUGGUGAAAAUUAGAAAUAGGGCUAACUGUGCUGCGCUACGUGGUUUAUAAUCGACUCUUUGACUACAUUGGGGAAAGGAAUUUUUCGAAAAAAUGUAAAUACUAUACAUAAGAGUAGAAUUAUAAAUAGCCUUUCAGACUUUUUCUUUAUAAUAUUUCGCAAUACUCUUCGUGUAAGUAUCAGCGCCCAAAAAUAAUGGAUAGUGGCGAUAAAGGUAUCAAGUCUACAGGGAUUCGAAGACUUUGAAUAAGAAAGCUUUCAGCAAAAAGGAUUUGAUGCAGAGUCCAUUUCAGAUUUAUUGAAUUCAGAAGGUUUCGAAUUUAUAUGUGAAGCAGAUUAAAAUAAAAAAAGUAAAAAGACAUUAUUAAAAAAAAAGAGGAAAAUAAAAAAGAAGAGGAAAUUUCAUUUUUUUAAAUGAAAAAAUCGUAGAAGAAAAUAAGUGUACAUAAGAAGAGGGUAGCGAGACAAUAAAAACUCCAUUCAGGAAGUAUUUUAACCACUGCUGCGAAGUUAAUGAUUCAGGGGAAA